AUGACUAUGGAACAAGUCACCGCCAACGCAAAUGCCACCUUCUGCAAUGCAGGUGACAGGGUGGAGCACUUGCAAGGUCAAGCUUUGCAAUUGGAUAGAGCUGAUCCUAAGCACAUUGCCAUUGAAAUGGAGAUGGUGCAUGCUCUUAGUCAUGUUUUCUCUGUGUAUGCACUGCAGACAACAUCUGUGCUGCCCAUGGUGCUCUCUGCUGCCUCUGAGUUGCAGGAGCACCUUGACGCUGGAUUUUGCAAUGUGAUCAGCACCAUCAGGAAAUCGCCAAGGAGAUGGUUUUCCUAG